CAUAAGAUCUGCCCUAUCGGGAACCUUCUGAGGCGCCAGAAACCCUAUCCCUUCAAACCGAACCAGUUCGUUCCUCUCGAAGGUCCAAUUGGCCUCUCGGGUUUGUUCCCAAGCCCAAUCUCCCUCUCUCUCCUCCCUCCCUCCCUCUCUCUAAACCCUCGAUCGCUCUCCGGUGGGCUCUGUAGCUCGGUCUCCGAGCUUCCACCUUCGACUCCGCGUAUUGGUUUCGCAAUUUCGGUCCCUUCUUCUGGCUGGUAAAGCAGAGAUUUUGAGACGAAAAAGAGAAAAUGGUGACCCCUGAUGUGAAGAACGAUCCCGUUCGUCUAGAUUCUCAUCCUAGCAAUAAUCUGGCAACUUCUGAACCUGUUCCUGACAGUAAGUUGGAAGAUUUUGAAUCUCAGCCUGACAAUGAUCACUCGAGUAGCGAAACAGCUGACCAGGGGCUUCAAACGUCCAAGAGCCAGGCCGCUAGUGAGAAAGCACCUGCCAAUCAAUCUGUAAAUUCUGAAUCAGAGACUAACAACAAGCCAGGUGAUUUCGAGGCUCAACUCAACAAUCAGUUCGUUCAUUCCGAGGCACCACCCACCAGUCAGUUGGUCAACCCUGACGCCCACCUAGUUAGCUCUGAAGCUCCUCCUGAAAAGAAACUCGCUCCCGAAGAUCCACCCAGCGGCCAGCUGGUCAAUUCCGAGGCACCGCCGAACAGUGAUCAGGAUAAUUCUGAAACAAGAGCCAGCAAUGAGGUGAUUAGUUCUGAUCCGCAUUCCAGCAUCGAUGUGAUUAUUUCUGAAACACCACCGGGCGCCGAGGUGGUUGUGUCUGAAACUCAGCCCAAUAAUGACGUGGGUAUGUCCGAAACACAACCCAGCAACGAAGCAGCCAAGCCUCAAGCGCAGCCUGGCAACGAGGUGGCCAUGCCGGAGGCACAACCUGGCAAUGGCGCUUUCAUAUCUGAAACAGAGACUAGUGAUAUCGUAAUGUCUGAAGCAAAUUCCAUAACGCAUCCCAACAAUCAGUUCGCCCAUCCUGAACAUCUUCCCAAUAAUCAGUUCACUAAUUUCCACAUGCUUGAUGAAAAUCAGAUGCCAAUUCCUGAAUCGCUCCAUAAUUUUGAUACUGAACCGCUGCAAAACGACCAUCCCACGGACACCAAGCCCAUACUCGACAAUAAUCUGGCUCAUUAUGAGACGUUGCCAAACAAUCAUCUGACACAUUCUGGGACGAUGCCCAAUCAUCAGCUGUCGAACUCUGAAUUUCUAUCCCAUGAUCAGUUGGCAGAUUCUCAAAUGUUGUCUCACUAUGAGAUAGCAAACGGUGAAGCAGGGAACAACAAUGAACUAGUUGUUUCUCAAUCGCAGUAUGAGAUAGUAAAUUCUGAGACCCCUCCAAACUAUGAGAUAAUAGAUGCUUCUGCGCAGCACAAUGACGAUGAACGUACCCCUGAAACUCAGCCAAACAAACGGAGGAAAAAGAAAUCUUUAGUCUGGGAGCACUUCACCAUAGAAACCGUCAGUCCUGGAUGUAGAAGGGCAUGCUGCAAACAAUGCAAGCAAAGUUUUGCCUAUAGUACAGGUUCAAAAGUUGCUGGUACCAGCCACCUCAAACGCCACAUUGCUAAGGGUACCUGCUCGGCUCUUCUUCGUAACCAGCAGCAGAAUCAAUUAUCUCCUUAUACUCCACGAGGAAGAGGAAGCGGAGGUGGCAGUGCUAUUGAUACACCAAAAAGACGUUAUAGAUCCCCUAGCACGCCUUACAUGAUAUUUGAUCAAGAUCGAUGUCGCCAUGAGAUUGCUAAAAUGAUCAUCAUGCAUGAUUACCCCCUUCACAUGGUAGAGCACCCGGGAUUUGUUGCCUUUGUCCAAAAUCUACAGCCCCAGUUCAAUAUGGUAACCUUCAACACCAUCCAAGGAGAUUGUGUUGCAGCAUAUCUGAGAGAAAAGCAGAACCUUAUGAAGCAUUUUGAGGGACUAUCAGGACGAUUUUGUCUGACAUUAGAUAUGUGGACGUCCAGUCAGUCUGUGGGGUACGUAUUUAUUACCGGGCAUUUUGUUGAUAUUGAUUGGAAGUUGCAGAGGCGAAUUCUCAAUGUUGUUAUGGAACCCUACCCUGAUUCCGACUCGGCACUCAGCGAUGCUGUUUCUGCUUGUGUGUCUGAUUGGAGAUUGGAAGGAAGACUCUUUUCUAUCACUACUAAUCAGGCGCUGAAUGGUGGUGCUCCUGAAAAUCUCAGACCUUUACUCUCGGUUAAAAAUCCGCUUAUCCUCAAUGGUCAGUUGGUGCUUGGCAACUGCAUUGCCCGUAAUUUAAGCAGUGUUGCAACCGAUUUAUUGGGAUCAGCACAAGAAAUAGUCAAGAAAAUUCGUAGUAGUGUAAAAUAUGUGAAAACUUCAGAAUCACGUGAGGAAAAGUUCCUGGAGCUUAAGCAGCAACUUCAGGUUCCCAGCGAAAGAAACCUGUUUAUCGAUGACCAGACUCAAUGGAAUACAACAUACCAAAUGCUUGUGGCUGCUUCUGAGUUGAAGGAAGUAUUUUCUUGUUUGGAUACUUCUGAUCCUGAUUACAAAGGAGCACCAACAAUGCAAGAUUGGAAGCUGGUUGAGACCCUCUGCACAUACUUGAAACCCAUUUAUGACGUGGCAAACAUUCUUGCCGCAACAACAAAUCUUCCCUCUGCGAUAACUAUUUUUCAAGAAGUCUGGAAACUGCAGUUGGAUUAUGCUCGUGCGGUGAUGAGUGAGGAUCCUUUCAUUAGCAACCUCACUAAAAUUAUGCAAGAAAAAAUUGACAAGUACUGGAGAGAGUGUAGUCUGGUGUUGGCAACUGCAGUAGUUAUGGAUCCUCGUUUAAAGAUGAAGUUUGUUGAGUAUAGUUUCUCAAGAGUAUAUGGUGAGGAUGCCCAUGCAUAUAUCAAGAUCGUGGAUGAUGGGAUUCAUGAGCUGUUUCGUGAGUACGAGGCCCUUCCCCUCCCACUAACGCCAGCAUAUGCAGACGAAGGAAAGGGAAGCCUGAUGAAGACGGAGGAAUAUCCAGGGGGAACUCUGUUAUCAGAUGGUGGUCUUACUGAUUUUGAUGCCUACAUCAUGGAAACCAGUAGCCAACAAAUGAAGUCAGAGCUUGACGUAUAUCUGGAAGAAUCGCUGCUCCCUCGUGUUCAAGACAUCGAUGUAUGGGGUUGGUGGAGACUAAACAGAGUCAAGUACCCAACCCUUUCCAAGAUGGCUCGGGAUAUAUUGUGUGUUGCAGCAUCAACUGUUCCUCCUGACUCUGUUUUUGAUACGAAAAGCAAAGAGAUGGAUCAGUACCGGAGCUCCUUGCGACCAGAGACCGUGGAAGCGCUUGUUUGUGCCAAGGACUGGAUGCAGUAUGGCAUGUAGCUGCAGAAUCUUCCGCUGCGGCUGUGAAAAUGGGGUUUCUAGAUUUGAGCUUGGACGUGUUGUGCAUGCUGGGAGGUUGAUGGGGAUAGUUUACUACUAGUUCAUAGUUCGUUGUUAGGCUAUAAUUUGUAUCAUAUUUAGACUUGUAUUCCAAUGGCAGACGUGAGAUGUUAAAUUUCUGGUGUAGAAUCAGUGUUAAAUCCUGAUAUAUUUGGGCCUUGACUGGCGGCGGGUCCUACUAUUUGUCUAAAGGUGAUUAUAAUUAAGAAACUAGUCAUUUUUCUUUUGC